AUGGAGACGACAACGCCUCCUCCUCCUCCGGCGACGCUGUCAAACCCUCACCAACCACAUUCCAUUGGGUCCCACCGUCAUCCGUUGGGAAGAGAAGAGUGGUGGAGCGAGGAAGCAACGGCGACGCUGCUCCAAGCGUGGGGGCAUCGUUUCCUUAGACUCAACUUCGGGAAUCUCCGGCAGAAGGACUGGAAGGAACUCGCCGACGUCGUGAACUCGAGCCAUUGUAACGGCCGUCCGAAGACGGACACUCAGUGUAAGAACCGGAUCGAUACAUUGAAGAAGAAGUACAAAGCGGAGAAAGCUAAGCUCUCUCCGUCGUCUUGGCGCUUCUUUGACCGCCUUGACGUUUUAAUCGGUCCCGUCUUGAAGAAACCUGCAGGGGAAGUUGUCAAGUCAGAGGCUUUAGAACCUUAUCUGAGUUUAACUGGUAACAAGUAUAGGGAAAGCUCUCUUGAAGAUGAUGAGAAAGAGGAAGAGGAGGAGGCUGGUGAGUGGGGGUUGGUGGCGAGGAAGAAGCAGCCUCGUGUGGAAGAGGGAGAUUUGAGUGAAGAGUCUGUGUGUAAAGGACUAGCUAGAGCAAUUCUGAAGCUGGGGGAGGUUUACGAGAGAGUAGAAGGUAGGAAGCAGAAGAUGAUGGUGGAAUUGGAGAAGCAAAGAAUGGAAGUUGUUAAGGAUUUAGAGUUACAAAGAAUGAAUAUGCUGAUGGAGAUGCAGUUAGAGCUUGAGAAAUCAAAGAACCGGAAACGUGAGGGUGGUUCAGGCAAGAAAUAG